AUGAAUUUUCAAGUAAUAUUAUUUGAAGUUUUUCUUUUAUUAUUAACAAAAUUACAAUUUUAUGAAGCAUUAACAUGUAAUGGUAUUAUUGUAGCCGGUAAUGCAUGCUGUGGUAGUCAAGGGUACUACGUAUCAUCAAAUACCUGUUGUAAUGGUGUUAUUGUAGCCGGCAAUGCAUGCUGUGGUUCUCAAGGCUACUCUACAGCAUCAUAUACCUGUUGUAAGGAUGUUAUCAAAGCUGGUAAUGCAUGCUGCGAUGGUCAGGGCUACUCUACAUCAUCAUAUACCUGUUGUAAGGGUGUUAUUGUAGCCGGCAAUGCAUGCUGUGGUUCUCAAGGCUACUCUAAUUCUUCAUAUACCUGUUGUAAUGGUGUUAUCAAAGCUGGUAAUGCAUGCUGCGAUAGUCAGGGCUAUUCUACAUCAUCAUAUACCUGUUGUAAGGGUGUUAUCAAAGCUGGUAAUGCAUGCUGCGGUAGUCAGGGCUACUCCACAUUAUCUUAUACCUGUUGUAAUGAUGUUAUUGUAGCCGGCAAUGCAUGCUGUGGUUCUCAAGGCUACUCUACAUCUUCAUAUACCUGUUGUAAUGGUGUUAUCAAAGCUGGUAAUGCAUGCUGCGGUAGUCGGGGCUACUCUACAUCAUCAUAUACCUGUUGUAAUGGUGUUAUUGUAGCCGGAAAUGCAUGCUGUGGUUCUCAAGGCUACUCUACAUCAUCAUAUACCUGUUGUAAUGGUGUUAUCAAAGCUGGUAAUGCAUGCUGCGGUAGUCAGGGCUACUCUACAUCAUCAUAUACCUGUUGUAAUGGUGUUAUUAAAGCCGGCAAUAUAUGCUGA